GAACAGAAACAAGCCGCCAACGAGGAAACAGCUGAUUUGCAUCACUGCUUAUCUUUUUCUGCCCACCCUUUUCCGUUUGGCAUGGUUACUGAUUAUGUUUGGUCCGAAGGAUUUCAGUUGGGCUGUUGGAAGCGUUAGGUUUUGGUGUUGACAGCAUUACACGAAUAUUUCCCGCGUGUUGUGGUGUAAACUAUUGGUUGUUAUAUUUGAAGACGUGCAGUUGUUAGUCAUGCUUGGCAAGUGUCUAGGAUUGAGCAUUAUUUGUCACAACAACACGUUGGACUUAAGCAAGUGAAGUCUUCGUGACGUACCAAAUGAGAAAUGCUACUAUGGUUCCUUUGAAAGAUAAUCAAGAUGUGGCUUGCUUUCUUGUCACCAAGCAUUCCUGGAAAGGAAAGUACAGACGGAUCUUCUCGGUGGGCUCGAUGGGCAUCACGACCUACAACCCCACGACGCUGGACGUGACCAACAAGUGGGUGUACGGCGACUUCAUCAGCGUGCUGCCCACGGUGAGGGUCGCCGGCCAGCAGAGCAGCGAGUUCGUCAUCACCAUGAGGAAGGAGAAGAAGGUGGACUCCAUGAGGUUCUCCACGGAGCACCGCCCGCAGCUGCUCACGGAGGCCCUGCGCUUCCGCACCCUGUUCGCCGAGAAACCCAAGGAAACGCUGAGGUACCACGCCUACAAGCACCACUGGUCGGACACGCGACUGCCCGUCAUGCUGGAGGUGACGGCCUGCUCCCUGGACCAGCUGGACCCGUCCACGGGGGCCUUCCUCGCGUCCUACCACUACAAGGACAUCGAGGGCAUGGCGGACGUCAAGGACUACCCGGGAGGGUUCGUGAUCGUCUGCGGCGGCUUCGGCAGGAUGCACUUGUUUGCGUCUGCGAAAACCACCGAGAUUCGGCAAAAGAUGUUCGAAGCCGCCUCGUGCUACGUUGGGAUCGUGAUAAAGGUUUUGAAAGAGCCUAUCACGGAAGAGGAGUUCUCUAACCAGCGCUUGGGAAAAUUUAGUGGGGACGAGCACAUCACGUCCGUGUCGGAGUUCCCGGUGCACAAGGUGAGCGCCCGGCACCAGGAGCCCCCCCGGCGGACGCUGUGCCUCAGCGAGACCUGCCUGCUGGAGCGGGACCCCCAGACGUACAACGUGUGCACCCUCAGGCCGCUGGCGGACAUAUUCGCAGUCGUGCGCAGCCGCGAGAACCCUCAGCUGUUCCUCAUAGAGUACGUCAGCGGGGAGUUGCGCACCUACACCACCACGGAUCGAGACUCGCUUCUUGCGUCCUUACUUGAUGGUGUAAGGGCGUCGGGAAACAGAGACGUGCAUGUCAAAAUGACCUUGACACCCCGAGGCAAGAGGCUGGGACCUCUUGGCGUACCACUAGAAGAAGAGACUGAAUCAAGCCACCUGAAGUUCCUAGUUCAACCGCCUGGCAAAAGAUCCUUCGCAGAAAUUGUGGAGAGAUUCAAUGCCAACAUUCCUUAUAGCGGCCUACUGCAUUCCGUCACUCAGGAUGGCCUAUUUGCAGAGAACAAAGAGAAGCUAAUAACUGGAGCCUUGCAGUCGCUGGUUCAGAAGGAGGGAGAUCAGAACUCUAUCAAGCUCCCAGAGCUGGAGGGGCAGUUCCACGCUCUUCGACGCCUCGUUGCUUCAAAAGUUGGCUUUGCUGCGUUCACGUCCAUGCCUGGGUUCCGGGAGAGCGUAGGCGUGAAGGUGGUGAAGGCCCUGAAGCGGGAGGACGACGGCGUGACGCACGCCGCCAUAGACAUGGUGUGCGCGCUCAUGCACCCCAUGCAUGACAACUACGACCUGCGGCAGGAGCAGCUCAACAAGUCCUCGCUGCUGUCCUCCAACAAGUUCCUCGGCAGCCUGCUGGAGAUGUGGGUCAAGCACGUCAGCCAUGGAACUGGUGCCCUGGUAGUAUCGGCCAUGUUGGACUUCCUGACGUUUGCGCUUUGCGUGCCAUACAGCGAGACAACGGAUGGAAAACACUUCGACAACCUGCUGGAAAUGGUGGCUGACCGCGGCCGCUACAUUUUUCGACUUUUCCAGCACCCGUCGCUGGCGGUGGUGAAGGGGGCGGGCCUGGUGAUGCGGGCGGUGAUCGAGGAGGGGGAGGCGGAGGUGGCCGCCCGCAUGCAGGACCUGGCGCUGGCGGAGGGGGCCCUGCCCCGGCACCUGCUCACGUCGCUCUUCACCCAGGGCUCCGACGGCCGCCUGCUCACCCACCGGCAGCUGUCCCGCCACCUGGUGGGGCUGUGGGUCACCGGCCACCCCACCACCAUGGGCCUGCUCAAGAGGAUCAUGCCGUCGGGCCUGCUGGUGUGCCUGGACUCGGAGGAGAAGGUGCCGAGCUCGGCCGUGGAGCAGGAGAUGCUGAACACCCGGGACAACCUGAAGAUCGCCCAGGACCACGCCAGCAAGAACCGCAAGGGGCCGCAGUGGAUAGCCAUCGAGAGGCAGCUGCGCGUCGUGGAGAAACAUGUUGAGCAUGCACUGCAGCACUGGGGCGCGAGGAUGGGGCUGGAGCAACGCAACGACAAGCAGCGGGAGAGGCCUAUCGUCUUGCGCAAGAGACGAGAGAGAAUAAAGAGUGAGGCCAACUGGCCGCUGUUCUACUACAAGUUCAACUGCGACCACACGGAACCGAAUCUCAUCUGGAACCACAAGACGCGCGAGGAGCUGCGAGACGCCCUGGAGAACGAGAUCCGGGCCUUCAGCUCGGACCGCGACCUGGCGGGGAACGCCCUGAUCGCGUGGAACCACCACGAGUUCGAGGUGCAGUACCAGUGCCUGGCCGACGAGGUGAAGAUCGGGGAGUACUACCUGCGGAUACUGCUGGAGCGGGAGAGCAGCCUGGACUCCCCCAUCCGGCGCUCAUAUGAGUUCUUCAACGACCUGUAUCAUCGUUUCCUGCUGACCACGAAGCCAGAGAUGAAGUGCAUGUGCCUUCAAGCGAUGGCGAUAGUCUACGGCAAGCACCACGAAGAGAUUGGGCCCUUUAGCGACACCAAGUACAUCGUCAGCAUUUUGGAACGAUGCACAGACAGAAUGGAGAGAGACCGGCUAGUACAGUUCAUCAGCAAGUUGAUCCUGCAUCGUCGAAAUGUGAAAGAUAUCAUGGAUGCUAACGGCAUCAGGAUUCUUGUGGACUUGCUGACUCUUGCACACCUUCAUACUUCCAGGGCGGUGGUACCGACGCAAAGCAACGUGAUAGAGGCUGGUCCCAACAUGAUUCGGGAAAGCGAGAAGGAGUGGUACUACGGCAACACCGGUGAGAAGAAGGGCCCUGUCAGUUUCAAGGAGAUGCAGGAGCUGUGGGCGGCGGGCGCCCUCACGGUGAAGACCAAGUGCUGGGCGCAAGGCAUGGACGGCUGGCGCACGCUGCAGCAGGUGCCGCAGCUCAAGUGGUGCCUCCUGGCGAAGGGCGGCGCCGUUCUCAACGAGACGGAGCUGGCCACGCUCAUCCUCAACGUGCUCGUCACCAUGUGCCAGUACUUCCCCAGCAGGGACGCGGACGACGCGAUAAUCCGGCCGCUGCCGCGCGUGAAGAGGCUGCUGUCGGACUCUGUGUGCCUGCCCCACCUGGUGCAGCUGCUGCUGACCUUCGACCCGGUGCUGGUGGAGAAGGUGGCCACCCUGCUGUGCGAGGUGAUGCGGGACAACCCCGCCGCCUCCACCCUCUACCUCACCGGCGUGUUCUACUUCAUCCUCAUGUACAACGGGUCGAACCUGCUGCCCAUCGCCCGGUUCCUGCGGCUCUCCCACACCAAGCAGGCGCUGCAGGUCGCCGAGACUUCGGACAUCAUGCAGAGAAGUGUACUAGGCCAGUUACUACCAGAGGCAAUGGUCAACUAUCUGGAAAACCAUGGUGCUGAUAAAUUUGCUCAGAUAUUUCUGGGCGAGUUUGACACACCGGAAGCCAUAUGGAAUACAGAGAUGAGGCGGAUGCUGAUAGAGAAGCUGGCGGCGCACAUAGCGGACUUCAGCCCUCGCCUGCGCAGCAACACGCGAGCGCUCUACCAGUACUGUGCCAUCCCGGCGGUGCGCUACCCGCAGCUGGAGCAGGAGCUGUUCUGCAACAUCUUCUACCUGCGGCACCUGUGCGACGCCACCCGCUUCCCCGACUGGCCCAUCGGCGAGCCCGUGAGGCUGCUGAAGGACGUGCUGGAAGCGUGGCGGAGGGAGGUGGAGAAGAAGCCCCCAGCCAUGUCCAUAGACGACGCGUACGCGGACCUGAACCUCCCGCGCGGAGUGCAGCACGACGAGGCCAGCAUACGCAAGGCCUACUACCGCCUGGCGCAGCAGUUCCACCCCGACAAGAACCCAGAAGGCAGGGAGAGGUUUGAGAAAGUGAGCACAGCCUACGAGUUCCUGUGCAGUCGGAACUUGUGGUCCAGCCAGGGCCCGAACCCCAACAACAUCGUGCUGAUUCUCAGGACUCAGAGCAUUUUGUUCCACCGGUAUCCAGAAGAGCUGCAGCCGUACAAGUACGCGGGCUACCCCCAGCUGAUCAAAACCAUCCAGAUGGAGACGGAGGACGAGCAGUUGUUCUCGAAGUCGGCCCCGCUGCUGUGUGCGGCCAGCGAGUUGGCGUACCACACCGUGCACUGCUCGGCCCUCAACGCGGAGGAGCUGCGCAGGGAGCGCGGACUGGACGUGUUGCUGGAUGCAUACUCGCGAUGCGUGUCCGUGCUGAGCGCGUCGUCCAAGCCUAGCGACGUGGCCGUGCAAGUGUGCACGCACGUCACCAGAUGCUUCAGCGUGGCCGCCCAGUUCCAGGGCUGCCGCGACAAGAUGGUGGAGAUGCCCAACCUGGUCAAGGAUCUGUGCCGCUUGCUGUACUUCAAGCACCUGACGCGGCUGUGCGUGGUGGCCACGGAGUGCGUCAGCUCGCUGGCCGUGGACAGCAUCCUGCAGAUGCAGCUGCUGCAGGCGGGCGUGCUGUGGUGCGUGCUGCUGUUCAUGUUCAGCUACGACUACACGCUGGAGGAGGGCGGCGUGGAGAGGAGCGAGGAUGCCAACCAGCAGGAAGUGGCCAACAGACUGGCGAAGCUGGCGGUGCGAGCAUGCGCCAGGCUGGGGGGCUACCUGCCCGCGGAGCUGGAGACUCCCAGGAACCCCGUGGUGCGGGAUGCCUUCGACAGCUUGCUGACCCCGUACCUGGCACGACAGUUGAGCCUCGACAGACCGGAGGAGAUCUUGAAAACUCUGAACAGUAACUGCGAGACUCCGUACCUGCUGUGGGACAACAGCACGAGGGCGGAGCUCUGCGAGUUCCUGGAGAAGCAGCGACAGAACCGCCUGCUGGGCGACACUGAUGUCACGUAUGGCGCAGGCUUCACCUACUCCAUACAUGCCAAGGAGCUCGUCGUCGGUGGAAUAUUUGUGCGCAUCUACAACCAAAACCCCACGUAUCCCAUCGAGAACCCGAAAGGAUUCACGAUAGACCUGCUGGAGUUCCUGGCGUCUCAGUUAGAAAAGCUGAGCAGCAUGAACGGCUCUGUUGCGUCUGUCAUCGACAACAAGCAUCUACAGAACAUCGUGAUGGCUCUGGAGGCACUCUGCAACGUCAUCAAGAACAAUCCAGGCGUGGAGAUGCAGUGCAUCGGCCACUUCCGCCUGCUGUUCGGGCUGCUGGGCGCGGAGGUGAGCCGCGAGGUGCAGAGCAAGGCGCUGAGCGUGGUGGCGUGCGUGACGCGCAACCAGGAGUGCGUGGAGGACAUCGCGGCCUCGGGCGUGCUGGCACACCUGCUGCUGGUGCUCUGCAGCGUGCCGGAGGCGCAGGGCGCCGCGCUCGACACGCUCCACGCGCUCAUGACCACCACCCGCAUCGUCAAGGAGGCCUUGGCCAGAGGGGCGGUGAUCUACCUGCUGGACCUGUUCUGCAACUCGACGGCGCCGGCGGUGCGGGAGAGGACGGCGGAGCUGCUGGCGAGGAUGGGCGCGGACAAGCUGGUGGGCACCAAGGUGCGCCUCGCCCUGAACCGCUUCCUGCCGCCGGCCUUCGCCGACGCCAUGCGCGACUCCCCGCAGAUGAGCAUCCACCUGUUCGAGGGCACGCACGAGAACCCGGAGCUCAUCUGGAACGCCGAGGCCCGGCAGCGCGUCAGUGCCGCCGUCUCCGACAUGAAGGAGGAGCACUACUCCGCGCAGCGACAGGACCCGCAGGCGUCGUGGCGGGCCCCGGAGGAGAGCGUGCUGGCCAGCUGCGCGCCCAGCGAGCUGGUAGUGGGGGGCGUGUACCUGCGACUGUUCGUCGCCAACCCGGGCUGGGUGCUGCGCCGCCCCAAGGAGUUCCUCUCCGAGGUCAUGGACACCUGCCUGGGGCUCAUGGCCAAGGACAAGCCUGACGCGGAGCACCUGGAGCUGGCGACGAGCGCCCUGGUGAGCCUGCUGCAGGCCCAGCCCGCGCUGGCCGACCAGGUGCCCUCGCUGGGGCACAUCCCGCGCCUCUGCCGCCAGAUGACCACCCCCGCGCAGCACGGCGACGUGCCCAAGGCCGCCAUCUUGGUGCUGCACCAGCUGGCCACCAGCGAGGUUUGCAUCCAGGAGUUUGGGCACACCAACUGCAUCAGCCCGUUGAAGAUGGCGAUGCAGGCGCGUAAAGACAUGAUUGCAGUGGCCUGUGAAGCUCUGAACCGACUCUUCUCUGCAAACCACGACCAGCUCAUCAAGCAGGCGCUGGAGGCGGACAUGGUGCCCUACCUGCUGGGCCUGCUGGAGGCCCUGGAGAGCCCCGCCACCACCAAGGCACAGAUCGUGAAGGCCCUGAAGGCCAUGUGCCGCAGCCUGCAGCUGGGCGACAAGGUGGCCUCCCUCCUGGACCGCUCGCCCGUGUGGGCCGAGUACAAGGACCAGCGGCACGACCUGUUCAUCAGCGGCGCCCCCUCCACCGGCUACCUCACCGCUGGUGUGCCGGCGACGGCCGGCUACCUCACGCAGGGCACCGCCAAGACUCUGCCGGACGCACCCCCACCCAUGGACAAGGAGGAUCCUCUCGUCCGCAUGGACCCCAUCUGAUGGUUCCACUAUUCCUGACACUGCUAGUCAUGGAUUGUAUCUUUGGAAGAUGAAAUCCAACCGACAGUUGAUGCACGAAUACUUACAACAGCGUUCGUUUUGCCCUCUUACUUCUGUGAUAAUAUAUAUAGACUUGGCAGACUUGUGACUCUUGGAGAUACGUCGUCCGUGUCUUGUUUCUGCGUGGUCUUCUGCGGAACCACGCAAGAGAUGCCAUCUGCUGAGUAAUUAUUUUGUACCUAGGACUCUGAAUUAGUGUUGUGUGUUUCCAAUGCGAUGAGCAAUAAAUGCUAUCAAAGACAAGCACUCAUGUACAUAUAGUGUGUUAGAAACAGCUGUAUGUGUUAGCAGGAAGGCAUUGCCAUACAUUUUGUAUAUUCAUUUUUGUAACGAUCUGAUGAAUUUUGUCAUCUGUGUGCUGUUUGUAAUUAUUUUUUGCAUUUAAACAAGUAAAGUUAUAAAUACAUUAUAUUGUAAGAUAUCUAUUCCAUAUUCUGUUAAAAUAUGGUUUGUAUCAUAAAUCAUUAAGUAUGGGUGUAUGAUGUAUCAUCUGUGCUUGCAAUAUGGUUCUUGACAACUGAUUUUGUGAAGGAUAAGUUAAAAGAUCUUCUUGCCUAAUUUCUCCAUCAUUAUCAUUGUAAUUCUUAGUAGAUAUGAAUGUAGUCUGUACAUACCUAAUAAUUCUAUUACAUGAGGAGCUCAUAAUGUGACAAAUUGGAAGGAGGGUUAGUUAGUUUUCUUUCCCAAAUUAUUUUACCAAAUCUUUUUGUAGUGCAGAAAUGUAAAUAUUUUGUUGCUCGUGUACAAAAUAAAUACCCUGUGCAGGCAUUAAUAGCAUAUGCUUUAAGAUAUAGUGUAGAUAUAAGCAAUUAGUAGGGGGAAAAUCCUUAUUGUAGAAUUUUUUUACAAUUUAAAGUAGUAGUUUGCAAUGCAAUCAUAUUCUCAGUUAUCAGAGGGAUAUUAUCUCUCUCUCUUUCUCACUAGACUGUAUUAUUUUUUAAUUUUUAUUUUGUCAGAAUAAAUGAGAAAUAUUGUAAAAAUUUAAAUAUUUAUAUUUAGUCUUAAUAGGAUGCAAGUAUGAAUAGUAACUUUGAAUUUUCAAUUUUUCUCAAUUUUUGAGCUAUAAUUUUUUAUAAUGAUUCAAGUUCAGAAUUAUAGCUUGGUUCUUCUGAUUCCUAAAACUAAGUACUAUAUACAUGAGCAUCUGAAACUUGAGACAUUAAAAACUUGCUUGAAUGCACUCUAUGCAUCUUCAGUUGAGUAGGUUGUACUAUGCUUGUUAUUAAAUAUUUACAUACACCACACACAAGUGGAGUGCUGAGGUACUGUUUACUUCUCUGAAAUGCUUUGCUGGACAAAGUUAUUAGUUUCACUGUGUAGUGCUGUGGUAAACAAAACCCCAUUUAUUUAUGUGCUGACUGCUGAAUCAACAUUUUAAAUCUAGCUUGUCAAAUUUUUUGGUUUAUAAUUCUGGUUUUGUUAAUUGUUUAUUACAUUAUUAUUUUUAAAUUAUGAAAUUCAGUAACUGCAGUUUGGCACGUUGAGGAGACAAACAGCCAAGCAAAAAGUUACACACUGCACAGCUCCGCUUACGUCAUUCAUGAUUUCUUAAAUUAUUAUUAAAACUUGGUCUCUGAGGAUCAGUCAAAACUAAUAGUUUAUUAGUUUCUCGUGUAUUUACAUAAGAUAAUGAAAGGUAAUACCUACCUACAUUAAGCACAAACAACAAAAUCUGACAUCUGAAUUCUCAUGACUUUGACUACAGGUUUCAUGAUUUUUCCUCGCCUGAAAUUUCUUUUUUGAAGUGUUAUUAAUUUAUUGGUUACAUGCAUGCACAUGGUAAAUUACAAAAUACCAAAGUUCAUGAUUAAAAACUAAAGGUUUUAUACUUGUGUUAAUUUAUAUAAAGGUGCACAGUAGAAUGAAAGUGAUAAAGUAAAAAAUAAAAAGUGUACUGAAUUUUGCAUAUCAGUGUUGAUAACAUUGUUCCUCUUCUAGCGUGGUGCUUGGUUUUGAAAACUCCUGAAUUUUAAAUCCUGUAUUAAACAUCAGAAUCUUGAGCAUUUAGAGGGGUUCGAAGUUGUAAGUUGAUUCUUGCUUUGUUUAGCCUCCAUUCAGGCCUUGUUCACAGCCGAGCGUAGGGUGCAGUUGCCAGAGCUCAGCCGACUGCUCACUUCGAUGUCCGGUUGGCACACUCGAUGGUUAGGGCCAAGUCCUUGGUCAACCUCUUAACUGUAAUCAUACAUCACACAAAUAGCUAUUCACAUUUCCAUUCAACUCUUCACCGGUAUCGCAUCAACUACAAAGCUGUUGUCUUCGCGUUUUCCUUUCUGAGAUUUGCAGAGUAUUAUUAUUGGAAUGGGGGUGAACAGUAUAAAAAAAAUUGCAAUCAAACCGCUCCUUUGUUAGCAAUAACGACAGGAGUCGAUACUGACUGCUCAAGUACAUAGCUCGUCAGGACACCAUGGCAUAGUGUGGCAGUUGACGUCCAAGUCUAGUCACCCACACAUACUGAUUUCGUACUUGGAUGCUGCAGUUGAUUUGUUGGAUGGUGCGGACGGGGAACCGAUCGUCUACCACGGCUACACGCUUACCACCAAGAUCCUCUUCAGAGACAUACUCAUCGACGCCAUCAAGCCGUACUCGUUCUACUCCUCCGAGUACCCCGUCAUCUUGUCCCUGGUAAACCACUGCUCCGAGGCACAGCAGGAGGUCGUGGUUGUGUAUUUCAAGUUUAACCUUUAUUGUGUUACAAUAGUACACCAUGUUUGUGCUCUAGAACUUGGUCCUAGGAUCGCAGUCUUGUUUCCACCGUGAACUGUGCAGGUCCUGUAGAACACCAUCUGUCCUCUCAUUGUUUCAUAGAGCACGUGUCGCCUCCCCUGUCGUCAUUGCUCUACAGUUUUCAUUUGUUUGCUACUGCAGGUUUCCAGAGACACAUUUUUCUUGAAACCAAUUUCCUGCCAACCCUGGACAGAACCUUUGUAGAAAUCUCUCCACUCAACCAUUUCAUUCUGAUGUUUGUAUUGGGUCUACUGCAUAACAGAACCUCCAUAAAAAAAAACAUGUUAGCAUCUGUGGCCUGCCAUGCUUCCUUUUUGGCGUCUUCCGUCCGGCACAAAACUCUUUAUUAUUUGUCUUUUGUGUUGGCAUGUCGUGUGUGUUCGGUCGUGAACAAGGCCCAACCCCUUCCACCCCUCUCCCCGCAAGUCUCCAAGCAGAGGGAAACUAAUAGGCAUUGCAAGGCGUGAUUGGUGGUUUCCCAAAGACCAUGUGAGAUAAUCAUUGUCAUUUAUCUUCACAGUGUUCUGCACAUUGUAGAGAUUACUUUAUGCAUUGCUAGUUUUAACAAGUAACUUGAACAUUGUAAACAUAUAUACAUAAAAAUAUUUAAAUAACUUUAUUUGUAUCCAUGUUCGUACAACCAUGCUAGAAAUAUGAUUACUGAAAUAUAUAUAUAUAAAAAAAGUACAUAACAUUUAGUUACCUUAUUGUACUUAUAAAUGUAUUUAUUUGAAACUCAAGUUAUCCACACAAAAUAUUUUCUUAUUUGUGUUUAUUGGCAAAUGGUAAAAUGCACGACUGAAUCAUUGUUAUGAACAGUGGAGCUUUACAUUAAAGUUACCUGCAAGUUUGUUGUGCUUUACCGUAAAGCCAAUAUUCCAGAAGAAACUGUGUUUGGUUGGUUAGGAAAAGCACAAUGCCUGUAUGCUUGUUAAAUAUGUAGUUGGAUUAAUAUUACAUUAAAAUGUGUAUAAGUUUGUACUACCACUACUGUUUGAUAUAAGUAUCAUACUAAUUAAAAUGUAUUUUCUUUAUUUAUGUAAUAAACGGAAUGAAAUAUAUAAAUGUUAAUUUUGU